AUGUCCUCCUCCUGGUCACGCUUGAUCCGUUUCAUUGACGAAGAAGGAAAGACGGCAUACGGCGAGCCGGACAUCGAGAGCAUCGAGCAGCUCGACGCGCGGCUGCAGGAUGGGAGUCUGUAUGCUCACGAGCUGCUAGGAAACGACCCAUUCUCGCUGACGGCGGGAUCGAGGCGUCUGCGCGUCAAACAGCUGCUGCCAGUUCUUACCCCGGACGAUGUGCCUAUCAUUCGCUGUAUUGGACUGAAUUAUGUGAAGCAUAUCCAAGAAGGCGGGCGAACUCCGCCACCGUAUCCAUCAAUCUUCAUCAAACCAUCGACCUGCAUCGCAGGGUUCAAUGACGAGAUUCCCAUUCCCAAACUGGCCCAAGAUUCGCUCGACUAUGAAGGAGAACUAUCAAUAGUCAUCGGCAAGACAGGCAAAAACAUCUCCAAAGAAGACGCAUUGGAGUACAUAGCGGGCUAUUGCUCGUCGAACGAUGUCUCCUGUCGGAAAUGGCAGCGAGACCCGGCUUUUGCGGGCGGUGUUCCGCAGUGGUGUUUUAGCAAGGGCUUCGACAAGUAUGCCCCGUUAGGGCCGGUGCUUGUUUCUCCAAAGGUGGUUGGAGCAGCAGACAACCUCCGUCUGCAGACCUACGUGAAUGGCGAACUGCGGCAGGAUUCCUCCACGAGCGAUAUGCUCUUCAGCGUCCGCGACAUCGUCAGUUUCGCCAGUCAAGGCACCACGCUGCAGAAGGGAACCGUCAUCAUGACCGGAACGCCUUCCGGCGUGGCCAUGGGGAUGAAGCCCGCUCCGGUGUAUCUCAAAGACGGAGAUGUGGUGGAGGUGGUCAUUGAUCAGCUGGGGAGAACGAGGAAUACGAUGUCUUUUGAGUAG